AUGGCCAGCACUCGUGAUUCUCACUCUUACGCCUGCGAUGAAUGUCGUUUACGGAAAUCCAGGUGCUCAAAAGAGAAACCUACAUGUGCCCAAUGCAAGCAAUUGCAUAAGGAGUGCAAUUAUAGCCCCAAAAUCACCAGAAGUCCCUUGACAAGACAACACUUGACCUAUGUAGAAGAUCGUCUACAUGCAUUCGAAACGGCUUUAGGGAGGCUGUUUCCGGGAGGCGAUCUGGAUGCGACUGUUCGGUCUCUUCUUUACGAUCAGGAUGGGCCGGUUAAACCGGGUUCCUCAUCCAAGUCGUCCUCCAGACACUCCACUCCGGCCAAGGCUGAGGCCGAUCGAGCCGAAGCAGCCCCCGAGGCCUUGCCGCAACAGGCAGAUGGAUUUGACUGGGCAGAAAAUAAGAUCACCGUCGGUGAUCUAACGGACGGCAUGGCAGCUCUCUCUAUUAAGCCAGAAGGAGCAGGCUACUUCGGCGCCUCCUCAAGCGUCGUUCCGCUCCGCACAUUGCUUAAACAUGGGUUUGACUUGAACUUUCCUGCCGGUUCCUCUAAGCCGAACUAUGCGGUUCCUUUGAAGUCGCAGCUGCUCAACACUGCACCCUCGGGGCUAGUCGAGCAGGCGUUUAUGGACGCGUUCUUCCUCCACUAUCAUGCAAGCUACCCUUUCAUUCAUGAGGGCACAUUCAGAGCCCAGUUCUACGAACAAGUGCCCCGACCCCAUGGUCAAGCAUGGCAGAUCUUGUUGAACACCAUUCUGGCGCUAGGUGCUUGGUGCAUCGGUGACGAUAACUCAGACCUCGAUAUUACCUUUUAUCAAGAAGCACGAGGCCAUCUGCAGCAGGUCUCCGUGUUCGAAACCGGAAAUCUUACCUUGGUGCAGGCACUGCUGCUCCUAAGCAAUUACGCACAGAAACGAAACAAACCCAAUACCGGUUGGAACUUCUUAGGCUUGGCUGUCAGAAUGGCCAUGAGUCUGGGUCUGCAUAAGGAGUUUCCCGGGUGGAAAAUCAGCCUCCUUCAGCGCGAGAUCAGGCGACGGCUGUGGUGGGGAGUAUACAUAUUUGACAGUGGUGCAGCCAAGACAUUUGGCCGACCAAUUCUUCUACCCGAAGAUAGUGUCAUGGACGCAAAACACGUUCUGAACAUCCAUGAUGAGGCUCUCACACCUGCCACCACCACGCUACCCGUCGAAGUCACGGAGCCGACCCUCUAUUCGGGGUUGAUCGCUCAAGCUAGGUUCCAUUUACUCACAAACAGUGUCUACCAACGCCUCAUCUCAGGCCCCAGUCUCACAGCGGAAGAGACAUUGGGUCUACAGAAGCCCAUGGAGGAAUGGUACAAUGGCCUCCCCGACUAUUUCAAACAACCGCCUCUUCCGGUUACGGAUACUUUUGCUCUUGUUCGCAACCGCAUGAUGUGGAGGGAUUGGAACUUGAGAAUCCUCCUUUAUCGGCCAGUACUGCUGCGGUGGGCAUCACGACGAUGGACGCAGAACACAGCUGCAGAGCCGGAAGACCCCUACGAGGUUGACUGUCGAAAGCUGUGUCUUCGAAAUGCGAGACUUUCGAUUUCCUCCAUCACGGACUUCGUCAACAAUCAUGUUUGCACAAGACUGGGAGCUUGGUAUAUGCUGUAUUUCCUUUUCCAGGCCGGCUUGAUCCCGAUUAUUAUGCUCAUGACCGAUCCGACCAGUGCAGAUGCCCCUGCAUGGCUCCAGGAUAUCGAAGCCACGAAAAAACUCCUCAUUCAUCCUUCUCUUAGCAACAACAGACUUGCCACUCGCUGUCUCGAAGUGGUUAACCGACUUUGUUCCCCCGCAUAUACAAGUGCCGCCACGAGCCGAACGGCGGGACAGCCAGCUCCGCUGAUGAUGCCAUUCUCUGACCAACUGUUCACUGAUCCGACUUUCGGCAGCAUGUUCCCGGAUGUUGACCAGGAGCUGAAUUUGAGUGGUAUGGAUUUCACGGAAUGGGUGAACUUUACACCCCAGCACGACUUUGUUUGA